UUCCAUUCCAAGCAUGGCCUGCCACCUGAGAUCCGCGAGUGUGCCCUCAAGCCCUCGCUCCAAUGGAACCAAUGUCGAGGAACAGAUCCGGAGCCUGACAGCAGCCAUCUCUUCUCCCUCUGCAACCAUCCAAACCAUGAUUGAUGGUCUGUUCAAGCUCGGGACCAUCUACAGCUGCAUCGAUGAGCUCAUUUGCUUUCCCAGCAGCCAGCGUCAACAAAGGAAGGCAGUGGAGGAGGAGCUUGAGUGCUCUCUCGUCUUGCUCGACCUCUGUGAUGCCAUGCAAGAAAGCUUCGCAGAGUUCAGGACGAGCAUCCAGGAGAUGCAAUUGGGCCUAAAGAGAGGAGAUGAUGUGGCUGUUCAGGCCAAGGCUCAGUCUUACGCUCGUUCGGUCAAGAAGGCGCAAAAGCAGUUCAAGAAGAUCAACAGCAAGGUUGCUCUUGACACUGAUAACUGCAGGGUGAUCAAGCUAUUGUCUGAAGCAAGAGAACUUGCUCUGUCGAUGCUGGAAUCGACAUUGUACCUCCUGUCAAAGGAGAUCUUGAUGCCGAGUGCUAGCAAGUGGUCUCUUGUUUCCAAGGCAUUCCAGAAGAAGAGAGUCUUGUGCAAGGAGGAGCAAUUGCAGGUCUUGGAGUUGGAGAUUGUUGAUCUUGAGAGCGAACUCCAGAUUGUCUUCAGGAGACUGAUCCAAUCCAGGGUCUCGCUUCUCAACACUCUUAGCCUGUAGAA